AUGGCUGAAUCUGGAGUCGCGCAUAAAUUCAUUUCCGUCAUCCUCCGCCUUUCGGAGCUUGCCUCUGCUAUAAUUGUUCUGGGCAUUCUCUCUCGCCUCACUUAUCUCAUCGAAGACAGGCACAUACACUUGCACUACAUGCCUACUAGAACUGUCGCUAUUAACAGCGCGGGUUAUGCCUCUUGGAGAACGGUGCUCUCCUUUUCGUUCAUCGCAUGGUUCCUCCAUCUUUUGAGUGGAAUCCUUGGUGUCUAUGUUUUCCACACUUAUAUUAAGCUGGAUGAGACCAAACGCGACAUUCAGCAGCACGCGGAAAAGCUCGUCAAGCCUGACCCUCGAGCACGUGGCUACGACCGAAGCCUUGAAAACCAGACUGGCGAGACACAUGACACAAUGAAAGUCACAGUCUUGACCGAAGAACGUAUUACGACACCACUAUGUCCUCUUCCCUUUGGGCGAGCACCAAUCACCGAGUGGUGA